AUGUCUGUGCACGCUGCAACAAACCCAAUUAAUAAGCAUGUGGUUUUAAUCGACAACUACGACUCCUUCACAUGGAACGUUUACGAGUAUUUGUGCCAAGAGGGCGCCAAAGUCAGCGUCUACCGUAACGAUGCAAUCACAGUUCCUGAAAUCGCCGCUUUGAGCCCCGACACGUUGCUUAUUUCGCCCGGACCAGGCCACCCAAAGACGGAUUCCGGUAUCUCAAGAGACUGUAUAAAGUACUUUGCUGGAAAAAUUCCAGUCUUUGGGGUCUGCAUGGGCCAGCAAUGUAUGUUCGACGUCUUUGGUGGUGAAGUUACAUACGCGGGUGAAAUUGUCCACGGUAAAACAUCACUCAUCACCCACGAUAACUGUGGGAUUUUUAAGAACGUGCCCCAAGGUAUUGCAGUGACGAGAUACCACUCUUUAGCUGGUACCGAAGCAUCCCUGCCAUCCUGCCUCAAGGUUACUGCUAGCACGGAAAAUGGCAUCAUCAUGGGUGUGAGACAUAAGAAGUAUACAGUGGAAGGUGUGCAGUUCCAUCCAGAAUCCAUCUUGACCGAAGAGGGUCACUUGAUGAUUAGAAAUAUUCUGAACAUUAAUGGUGGCACAUGGGAGGAGAAUGGCUCGUCUCCUUCAAACUCUAUUUUGGAUCGCAUCUAUGCUCAACGUAAAAUUGAUGUUAAUGAACAAUCUAAAGUCCCAGGUUUCACUUUGCAAGAUUUACAAUCAAAUUAUAACUUAGGUCUUGCUCCACCGGUACAGGACCUCCACGCAAAACUGUCAUCAUCUCACAACAGAGCCGCCGUUCUUGCUGAAGUCAAGCGCGCAUCUCCCUCAAAGGGUCCUAUCUGCCUAAAGGCCGUUGCUGCUGAACAGGCUUUGAAAUACGCGGAGGCUGGGGCUUCGGCCAUCUCCGUAUUGACUGAACCCCAUUGGUUCCAGGGGUCAUUGCAGGAUUUAGUCAAUGUGAGAAGAAUUGUAGACUUGAAAUUCUCCCCCAAGGAGAGACCUUGCAUUCUAAGAAAAGAAUUUAUCUUCAGCAAGUAUCAAGUCCUAGAAGCAAGAUUGGCAGGGGCUGACACCAUCCUUCUAAUAGUCAAGAUGUUAUCUCAGCCCUUAUUAAAGGAGCUGUACGAUUACAGUAGAAAGUUAAACAUGGAGCCUCUUGUGGAGGUAAAUUCCAAAGAGGAGUUACAGCGGGCUUUGGAGAUUGGCGCUAAAGUUAUAGGUGUCAAUAAUAGGGAUCUACACUCAUUUAACGUGGACCUAAACACCACCAGCAAUCUUGUAGAAUCUACUCCUAAGGAGGUUCUUUUGAUUGCUCUUUCGGGAAUCACCACGAAGGAAGAUGCGGAGAAAUAUAAGAAAGAAGGUGUUCAUGGAUUUUUGGUGGGUGAGGCGUUGAUGAAAUCAACCGAUGUAAAGAAGUUUAUUCAUGAACUAAGCGAGUGA